UUAUCAUGAUCAUUUCAUUUUACUUUUCUCUUGUUUUUUUGCUAAUUCUCAAAUAUGACAAAGUUAUCGGUUAAAGAUUUUUACCAUAACAAAACAUUAUUAGUGACUGGUAUCACCGGUUUUGUUGGAAAAGUUUUAUUAGCGAAAUUGCUUCAAAAAUUUUCUAAAUCAUUAAAAUGUAUCUAUGUAUUGGUACGAGAAAAGAAAUCUCAAACAGCUGAACAACGAUUGACUCAAUUAUUUCUUCAAUCACCAGUAUUUGAACGGCAUAAAGACAAUAUUAAACUCGUCCAUGCAAUCAAUGGUGAUAUCACUGCCAAAGAUAUGGCAAUAUCCGAACUUGAUCGUCGUAAAUUGAUUGAAGAAGUAAAUGUCGUAAUUCAUUGUGCUGCAACUGUCAAUUUUACUGGAAUUUUUGAAAAAUUUAUCCAACAAAAUAUUGAUGGUACAGAUUCAUUGUUGCGAUUGUGUGAGAAAAUGAAUCAUCUUGAAUCGAUUGUUUACGUUUCAACAGCUUAUGGUAAUUGUCAUUUAAAGGAAAUUGAAGAGAAAAUUUAUCCGGUAAUUCCAGGCGAAAAUUUCGAUUCAUAUCUCGAAUAUUUGAAACAAAAUUACAGCAAUUACAAUUUCAAAAAAGGUCAUCAUGCAUUACUUGGUCGACCUAAUCCUUAUACAUUAUCGAAAUCAAUUACUGAAUGGAUGAUACAAGAACGAUAUAGUUCACUUCCUGUGAUGAUUUGUCGUCCUUCAAUAGUGAGCAAUUCAUUCGAAGAACCUAUACCAGGUUGGUGUGAUUCAGUAGCUGGUUGUUCCGGUGCAGCUAUUAUGACUGCACUUGGCAUAGCACGUUCAAUUAUAUUCGAUGAAAAUUGCAAAGCCGACAUAAUACCGGUGGAUAUGGUGGUCAAUUCAUUGAUAAUUGCAGGAGCAUAUCGAGCAUCCCCAUUGUUCAGUGAAGAUAAGCAAGUCAUUCAUGUUACUUUGGGACAAAAUCAACUCACAUGGGGUGAAUUUUUUCGAAUUACAAUUAAUUUUUCCGAUACUUUACCACCAAUGAAGUUGAUUCGGCCAAUCAAAAUGAGAAGCAAUAAACAUCAAUCACUUAUGGAUCGUAUCAAUUAUAGAUUUACAAUGAUUUUUUCACAUUAUUUGUUUGCAUAUGUUAUUGAUUGUAUCUGCAUUGUUGUCGGCCAAAAACCAUUUAUGAUCAAAUUGAUCAAACGAUUGAAUGAUAGUUCUCAUGUUUUAAAACCAUUUUCUUGUAAUGAAUGGAAUUUUCGAUACGAAAAUCUCAAAUUUAUUACCAAUCUGUUGGAUAAAUGUGAACGUGAUGAUUUUUGCACUGAUACCAGUAUCAUUCAUUGGCAUCCAUAUUUAUAUAAUUUUAUUCUAGGUUGUCGAAGAUAUAUACUGAAUGAUCCAGAUUCAACAUUACAAUUGGCCAUAAAUCGUCAACACCGGAUUAAGUUUUUGUUAAUUAUUAUGAAGAUAAUUAUUGCCUUGCUUUGUUAUUGGCUAAUACGAUCGUCGAUUCAUUCGGAUAUUUUUGAUUUUUGGCUUGUCGAUACAUCAAUUUCCAUUGCUAUCAGCUUAUAUUUCUCCAAUUUUUAUGAUUAAUUCAAAAUUCAAAUAAUGAGUAAUUAGAUU